GUGCAAGCGGGACAGACAGAGACAGCGCCCGAAGCAACCGAGGGGCGAGGCAGGACUACGUUUCCCGCCGUGCCUUGCGCUGACGCAUUCCAAGGCUGCGGCACGGCUGGGCUGGGAGGUCCUGGCGAAAGACACACUCGCGGAGGAGGCAGGCGGGCUGGCGGGCGAGCCGAGGCAGCGGCGCCAUGGGCGGGGAGCAAGAGAUCGUCCGCAUCGCCAAGCGCCUUGACAAGAUGGUGGCCAAAAAGAGCGCGGAAGGGGCAAUGGAUUUACUGAAGGAACUAAAAAGUAUGCCAAUCACUCUGCAUUUAUUACAGUCCACCCGGAUCGGGAUGUCUGUGAACGCACUUCGGAAACAAAGCACAGAUGAAGACGUGAUUGCCCUUGCCAAAUCUCUUAUCAAAGCCUGGAAGAAACUUCUAGAUGCCUCAGAAGAUAAAGGAAAUGAGAAGAAAAGGAAUUCUUUGCCAACUUCAUCCUCAAGGGAGAGUGGUGACUCAAAAGACCAAAGCUCCAUUAAAAGGCAGGACCUGCCGAAGACUCCCACCACUCCCAAAAUCACCACCUUUCCACCAGUGCCUAUCACAUGUGACACUGUACGUAGCAAAUGUAGAGAAAUGUUGACUUCUGCCCUACAAACAGACAAUGACUAUGUUGCCAUCGGUGUUGACUGUGAAGAGAUGGCAGCUCAAAUUGAAGAAUUUAUAUACCAAGAUGUCAAGAACACAGACUUGAAAUACAAAAACCGUGUUAGGAGUCGCAUUUCCAAUCUGAAAGAUUCUAAGAAUCCUGACCUCCGAAAGAAUGUCUUAUGCGGGGUGAUCACUCCAGAACAAAUUGCAGUGAUGACUUCGGAGGAAAUGGCCAGCAAUGAGCUGAAGGAGAUCCGGAAAGCCAUGACCAAGGAGGCUAUUAGGGAACAUCAAAUGGCUAAAACGGGAGGAACCCAGACUGACCUCUUCACCUGCGGAAAGUGUAGGAAGAAGAACUGUACCUACACCCAAGUACAAACCCGCAGUUCAGACGAGCCAAUGACCACUUUUGUUGUGUGUAAUGAAUGUGGGAACCGCUGGAAGAACAGAAAAGGUUAUGGCGAAAAUAUUUUGCGCUCUAAAUUCUCUUCCUUUGCUCUCUAAAUCCUACCGACCUCUUGCAGUUCUGCUGAGACGACUGUGACAAGAGCAGCAACAGUCAAAUCUGGGUCAGAUGUCCGCCAUACAUUCCCACUAACACCGCCAGCAAAUUUUAUACUAUUUUUUUUUGUCACUGAUGUUACUUUGUGCCCUGUACAUCGUCCAGGUGCGGAGGGCCCAGCUGUGUUUCAUGCCUAGGAAUGGAAUGGCAGCAGCUGGGAAUAGAAGCUGGGAGGGUGCCAAGUGGAGAAUUUAUGUGGACUGACCACCUUUGGAGUUUCUCAUCUUAAUCAGUAUUGUGAGGACAUGGAAAAGUAUUAAAUAUUUUUGGUCUUUUUUUUUUCAACUAUUGGCCAGGCAUCUAGUCUUGGAUCUUGGAAUGUGCAAUGGCUUCUUGUGACUUUCCUUGUUUCCAGUUGCCUCUUUCAGAAGCUCUGAUGAACAUGUGUCUCACUCUCAGAUCCAUAGGAUGUCAUUUUAACUGCCACUGCAAGUGACGCCUACCAGUUUAAACUCAUUUCACCUUUGCCUGGAGAUCAGGCUGUUCUCAAAGUACAACUUGUAGGGGAGUUUUUUGUGAAGGAGGGGUGAGUGUAAACCAACUUCAAAGCAGUUUGAAUAUGUUGUAUACCAUAGAUGUUUCUAUGAGAAUGGUUCACCUUUGUUUCUAUGAGAUGUUUCACUUUUGCAAGUUGCUUCAAAAGAAAGGUCUUUUGUUGAGGGAUACAUAGCAACAAAUGACACUGAAGAGGAACUUCACGAGGAUUUUCUCCAUUAGUAGGUUCACCAUACCCAGCACUUGAUGGUGGGUCACAGAAAGAGGCCUUGUUCUCUUGCUCCCUAUUCCAGCUUUGUGAUUGUAAGAUUGAAGGAAGCCACGCAUCAAACCUGUCAAAUUUGUUCUGUGUUCACCAGUUUUCUGCCUUUCAAGUAAUUCUGUAAACUGUAGUUUGUUGAGAAUUCUGUUUGAGAUUUCUGGCCUUCUCAAGAGGAUGGGGCAGCAUUCCUAGUUUGUAUGUUCUAGAAACACUACUGCCUUUGUAUUCAACAUCAAACUUUUGAGAAAGGGCUAUGUUCCAUCAUUUACUUGGUUUGAAUGUGUGGAGAAAAGAAGGACAAGCCAGUCAUAGAACAAGGAAAAUGACUUGCCCAGUGAACAGACAUGCAACUUCUGGGAUAUCAUCAAUACAGAAAUACUGGAGGCUGGUAAAAGGUCUCCUGUAAUGUUAAGAGAAGGACCAAAAGGGACCCAACAGAGGAAAGUAGAGCAAGGCUGCUGUGGGUGGAAGGAAAGAUGUGGUAUUUUAAACCAGAAAAGUUGACUAUUAAGAUGUACCGCCAUCACUCACUUAGCUAAAGCAGGCAAGGGGCAAGGAAAACAGUAUGAGCAACGAAUUUAGCUUUGUGACUGGAUAGUAUCUUUGCAAAGAUAUAGAACUAUCUCAAGAGUGGUUUGGAUUGCAUCUCCCUCUUUGCUGCUUCUAACAUUAUGUGCUUGGGGUUUUUUUUUUUGGUUUUGUUACAUGUACAGUUGCAGAUGGACAGAUUAAUAAAAUUUGUAAAUGAAGAACAAGCUGUUCCUGUGAAUAAAGGAGCACAUGGUUUUGAAAAAGCAAGUCUAUAGGCAGUCAUGUUUGCAGUCUGCAUAAUUACAUUUCACAUUGCUUUUGUCUGAAGUUCAGGUUUGGUGGAGAUAGUAUCCUUUUAAUGAUGGUUAUUGUAGGGGUAAGACAUUUGCUUUUUUUAUAAUAAAGUCCUUGACUGGCCUUAAAGUCAAAAGGGAAAGCCACAGUAUUAAUUCUGUCAGUCCUUUGAACUCUGAAAACUCAGAUUUGUGUGUGUGUCUGUAUAUGGAGGGAAAUUUCCUGGCUGCUUAAAAAAAAUUGUGUUUGGCCCUUUAGCAUUGUUUUACCUUGAACCAGAAGCUCUGCAACAAAAUUGGGCAUACAUACGAUUUGUGUUCUUUGCCAACCAGGUGUAUUUCUUAAAUGCACAAGUUGCAGGUUUGGUUUUAAAGCCUUUUCAACUCUGAUGGCACAGUUGGGAAAUUCUAGACCAAAGAUUUGUCAUAUUGGAUUUGUAAGUUCACUGAAACAUCCUGUAGCUGAUCUUCUAAUAUGAAACUGUUGUUGUCAUUUGUCUUCAAGUUGACUUUGACUUAUAGCAACCCAAUGAAUGAGAGACCUUUAAGAUCCCUGGUCAUCGACCACCUUGCUCAGGUUUUGCAAAAUCAGGGCAGUGGCUUGAUUGAAUCAAUCCACGUGUAUUUUGGCCUUCCACUUUUUUAUUGCCUUCCGCUUUAUGCAGCACCGUAAUCUUUUCUAAUAAGUUAUGAAAUGUCCAAAGUACAACAGCAUCAAUUUUGUUGUCUUAGUGUGUCAUGACAGAUCAAGUUUGAUUAGGCCCAUUUAUUUCUGGUUUUAGCUUUCUUCUUCAUGGUCUCUGUGGCUUACACAAAUGGGUUUUCUUCUGCCAGCACAGGGCAUCAUUUAAUGCAUUGGCAGUAAUCCCAUCCCACUCACCAUGUGCCAUACUUGAAUGCUUCCCAAUAAAACCCUCAGAUCCUUUUUAUCAACUGUAACGCGGUCAUCGGAACUUCCUGAGUGAUAGUUCAUUUAAAUGGUAAUUUCUUGGCCUUUGAUCUUACACUGACAAAGAUUUCUCAUAGUGUUUCAAUUUUGUGUUUCUGUCAGAUAUUUUUUAUUCUGACUUUCUGAUUAUGGUUUUGCUUCACUUUUGGGUUUGGUGUUUCCUAUUCUGCUGUUCUGGCUUCUGUGAGUACUUUCAAAAGUGUGUUGGGUGUGCUGGAAAAAUUCCUGAGAAAGAUAGUUACUUUAAUUGCCUCUUGUGGCUUGGCAAAAAGGAUGAUUGCUUGUGUUGCAGCAUCCAUGGAACUGAGGGCUUAGGCUGGAAGCAUGCUCGUCUGGCAGUCGGGGAGUGGGCAAUGUUACCCUUCAAACAAGUUUCCAAAUGAUUCAGGGGCAGGUAAACCCAUUUGUCUGAGUUCACAGAUUACCAUUUUAACAACUAGUUACAAGUAAGUAAGCUGUCUAUCUCCAGUACUGUAUUUCCAACAAGUUGAUUUGAAACUAUGAGCACUUUCCUUAAAACAAAUCCAAUUGCUUUUCUUUUCUAAAGAAAAAAAAUUAUUAGAAGUAACAAAGAAAUGCUUGCAUUUCUUUCCUGGGAAAAGAAAACUUGCAAAAAAUUUGGCAUCUUGGCUGAACGGUUGGCAGGUCAUAUAUAUGCAGAUAAAGGUUUGACUUUAUAAUCUGAAAAUGCAACACACUGCUUUUGGCCUUCGCUUUAUAUUUGUGACUGGAUUCCACAGGCACUUUGCACCUGUGCCAAUUGGAGAACAUACUAAAUAUGGCAAGUAUAGCAAGCAAGUCUUGCCACCCACUCCCGAACUUGCAUAUUUUAUGUUUUACAAAAAAUAAAUAUCGCCUCCACAUUCUCGAGCA